GGGACUAAAAAUAAAAAAAACUCUGUCUAGUUCAAUGCAACGGCAUCGUUUAGCCUUCGGGAAUAGUCAAAGCGAUCUAACGACUAGAUCAGUGCAAAGGCAAGCUGAUCCUUAGACGACGAUGAUGGACAGUUGUAUUAGAGCAUUGGUGGAAGCCAUACACUCUACUCCUACUCAAGCCGUCCUCUAUAUCUCCGGUGGAGCUUCUCAGGCGAUGGGGUGGUUGAUGUCCGUUCCAGGAGCUUCCAAUACAGUACUUGAAGCCGUGGUUCCUUACUCCAGAAUGUCCAUGAUCCAACUGCUUGGCAAGGUUCCUGCUCAAUCAGCUAGUCAGCAAACCGCAGAGGAUAUGGCAUUAUUGGCUUAUAAUCGAGCACUAAAGCUUUCUAAACCAGGUUACCCAGCUCUAGGUGUGGGCUUUACAGGUGCCUUGGCUAGCUUGCAACCCAAACGAGGGGAUCAUAGGUUUCAUUUGUCCACAAGGACGUCUGAAAGGCUUUUGGUGUCGACGGUUACAUUGUCAAAGGGUCUGCGAACUCGUGAGCAGGAAGAUACUGUCUCAAGCCAGUUCUUACUUAAGGCAGUAGCAAAUGCAUGCAAUGUUUCGGAAAAUUUUGUUCCAGAGUUAAUUGACUCAGAAAUUCCUAUUGAACAUGGAUGGCUAUUUAAUGAAGACCAACAGUUAGAGCAACUUAUCAGCGGUCAAGUAUCCUUUAAGGUUUAUCCCUUCUCAAGUGAUGCAGUCAACGAAGAGAGGAAAAUAAUUCUAUCUGGAUCGUUCAACCCCUUGCAUGAUGGGCACCUUAAGCUCUUGGAAGUUGCUAGUAGCAUUUGUGGUGGUGGAUAUCCAUGCUUUGAAUUAUCUGCAGUCAAUGCAGACAAGCCUCCAUUGACAGUAUCUGAAAUCAAAGAUCGUGUAAAGCAGUUUGAAAAAGUUGGCAAGACAGUCAUAAUAUCUAACCAGCCAUUUUUUUACAAGAAAGCAGAACUAUUUCCUGGCAGUGCUUUUGUUAUUGGUGCAGACACGGCUGUAAGACUGAUAAACCCAAAGUAUUAUGGCAAUGAUUAUGGAAAAAUGCUGGAGAUACUUAUUGGAUGUAAGAACACAGGAUGUACUUUCCUGGUGGGGGGUCGGAAUGUAGAUGGCGCUUUCAAGGUGCUUGAUGACUUCGAAAUUCCUGAGGAGCUGAAAGACAUGUUUGUCUCAAUUCCAGCAGAAAAAUUCCGGGUGGAUAUUUCAUCAACUGAAAUCAGGAAAAACCGAGGGAUGUGAAGCUUCAAUCGGGUAACUUCUCCAUUUAAAGAACUAGGUUGUAAUGUCAUAUGUCUAUCAAAUAAUCAAAUUGCUCCCGGCGCCCCACUAAUUAAGAAACAGAAAAACGAAAAGCUAUAGAAAAAGGGGAAAAUUGUAAUUUAUGUCCCCCAUAAUAUGUCAAUUAUCAAUGUCACUCCUGGAUUAUUAGUGGUGUAAA